AUGUCUUUGCCAACAGUUUCUGUAUUUAAUUUCGAUUAUGCUUAUUUGAAAAACAUGGGGAAAGGUUUCCAGAAUUUUAUGAGCAAGAAGGAUUUCCAUCCUGGUGCAUGGUGGAAUAUAAGAAAGGUUUGGGAAGCAAGACAGAAGGAAGAUAUGGAAAAGAAGCGGCAAGAAGAAUUGCGAGUGAUGUAUGAGAAAGAACAAGAUGCUCUGAAUAACAGAGCAUUAUUGGGUGACGAAAAAGCUCGUAUGGGUCUAUCAUUUAUGUACGAUGCACCUCCAGGAAUCAGCAAAAAAGAAGAUUCGAAACCUGAACCAAAAUUCGAAUGGCAACGGAAAUACAAUGCUCCACGUGAAGAUUGGGCAAAAAAUGAUGAAACAAUUACUGAUCAGCCAUUUGGUAUACAAGUGCGAAAUGUUCGCUGUGUUAAAUGUCAUAAAUGGGGACAUCUUAACACUGAUCGCGAAUGCCCUUUGUAUAAUAUGAAUGCCAAUAAUCCAUCCGAUCUGAUAAAACAAUUGCGGAAAGAUCGAGAAAGAGGAAAAGUGAUCAAAGAAAUGCAAGAGUCUAAAAAUGUGAUUAUAAAGCAAAGUAAUAAAGAUGAUGAGGAAGAUUGGGUGGAAUUAUCUCGAAAGCAAUUGGCUGCUAACAUGAAAGAAGAGCAUGGUUUGGCUUUGAAAGAUAGCAUCCUUCGAAAUAUGCGAGCUGAGGAAAGAAUUGUGAAUAUGGGAUCUCGAAAAUGGGAACAAGAAAAAAUCGCUGCUUUUUUAAAAAAUAUGACGGAGAAGGAAAAAAAUAAAUUCUUAAAGUGA